CGUCUUGCGCGGUGCUGGCAGAGGCGCGGUGAAGCAGGCAAGAUCACAGUGUAGACAUAGCUUCUCCGGCAAUGGACGGCAUUGUCAGUGAUGUUGCAGUUGGCGUAAAGAGAGGCUCGGACGAGCUGCUGUCCGGCAGUCUGUACAACAGCCCAAGCUCUGUCACAGCCAAUGGCAAUGACAGCAAAAAACUGAGGGUGGAUGACAGGAUGGACAGCCCGCCAUCCCGGGUCCUCCACAUCCGAAAACUGCCCAAUGAAGUGGCCGAGACCGAGGUCAUUGCCCUGGGGCUCCCCUUCGGGAAGGUCACCAACAUCCUAAUGCUGAAAGGAAAGAACCAGGCGUUCCUGGAGCUUGGAACAGAGGAGGCAGCCGUGACCAUGGUGAACUACUACACAGCCGUGACGCCUCAUGUUCGCAAUGUUCCCGUUUUCAUCCAGUACUCCAAUCACAAAGAGCUCAAGACAGACAAUGCUCUCAACCAGCGUGCGCAAGCUGUCCUUCAGGCGGUGUCGGCCGUCCAGGCCGGCGGCACGCCCACCUCAGGGUCGACGGCGAGCGAGAGCGCGCUGACGCCGGCGCCCAGCCCCGUGCUCAGGAUCAUCAUCGACAACAUGUUCUACCCCGUCACCUUGGACGUCCUGCAGCAGAUCUUUUCGAAGUUUGGGACCGUCAUGAAAAUCAUCACAUUCACAAAGAACAAUCAGUUCCAGGCCCUGCUGCAGUUCAGCGAUCCCGUGAAUGCCCAGCAGGCCAAACUGUCCUUGGACGGGCAGAACAUCUACAACGCCUGCUGCACACUGCGCAUAGACUUCUCCAAGCUGAUCAACCUCAAUGUCAAGUACAACAACGACAAGAGCCGCGACUACACCCGGCCGGAGCUCCCGGCGGGCGACGGGCAGCCCGCCAUCGACCCAUCGGUCGCCGCGGCCCUCACUAAGGACUCCUCAUCGCUGCUCGGUACCCCAUCUGGAAUGGUAGCUUCCUACUCUAGUGGUGGAGGGUUUCCGUCUUCUCUUGGGUUCGGACAAGGAGGAGGAGCUCUGAGUCCACUGAGCGCAGCAGCGGCGGCAGCAGCAGCUGCCGGGCGGGUGGCGCUGUCCGGGCACUCUGGAACCAGCGGCGUGCUCCUGGUCAGCAAUCUCAACGAAGAGAUGGUUACGCCCCAAAGUCUGUUUACCCUCUUCGGGGUUUAUGGUGAUGCUCAGCGCGUGAAGAUUCUGUACAAUAAGAAAGACAGCGCGCUCAUACAGAUGGCUGAUGGAAACCAAGCCAAGCUCGCUAUGAGCCACCUGAACGGCCAGAAGAUGUAUGGAAAGAUUAUCCGGGUGACUUUAUCAAAGCACCAGACGGUACAGCUGCCGAGGGAGGGGCUGGACGACCAGGGGCUCACCAAGGACUUCACCAACUCCCCACUGCAUCGCUUCAAGAAGCCCGGGUCCAAGAACUUCCAGAAUAUCUUCCCCCCGUCUGCAACCCUUCACCUGUCUAACAUCCCGCAAGAUGUGACGGAAGAGGACCUCCGACUCCUGUUCUCAAAUUCUGGUGGCACUGUGAAAGCUUUCAAGUUUUUCCAAGACCACAAAAUGGCGCUCCUGCAGAUGGCGACGGUAGAAGAAGCCAUCCAAGCCCUGAUCGACCUCCACAAUUACAACAUGGGAGAAAACCAUUACCUGAGGGUCUCCUUCUCCAAGUCGACCAUCUGAGCGUGAUGACGGACCGAUCCACGCCCGUGGCGCUGCUGCCCGUUGACUUGUGUCCAGACACUGGGGACCACAGUUUGACAUUUUACGUUUCGCCAGUCAUUCCUCAACAUGACGGAUUAUCAGAAAAACAACUCGCCGAGAAGGCAGGCGCUAACGUCUGCUUCGGAGAUGCGCGUCCCCCUCAUUUGUAUAUGUUAGGCAGGCCAUUAACUGUUUCCAUUUCGUCAUACGAAGGAAGCAAAUUCCUCUUUUUAUUAGAUUGAAUUGAAAAGCUAUGUGCCUUACUCGACGAAAUAGCAUAAACGCAUCGCAUCCCUACCUUUGCGUAAAUGGGGAUAGUGUAGGCACAUUAGUUCUGUUAAUGUAAGAAGUGGAUUUGUAUAAACAUUAGGUUUUAACCAUGCUUAUCUGUACAGUUUGUGUUCCGCUAUAGAAGUGUAGCUCUUAAUAGCUCUAUGAUUUAUGAAGUUCUGCAGCUUAGUUUAUUUCAUUGUUUUGCUGAAUUCAUCCUAGCUAUUAAGGAGGAAAGAACGAACGGAGAUCAGGACUGACCUGAGAACAGUUGGUUUUGGGACGAGACCACGCAUUUCACUUAAGCUAUUUAGUUGCUUUAUCCAGACAACCAAAGAUAAAGCUUAACCCUAACUGAAAUUCUGUAAGAACAUCUUAACCUUUUGUUUUCUGUUUACACACCUCACCGCUUAGGAGUAUAGUAUUAAUGUUGCAUAUUACGACCGAAUAUGCUUUAUAGAUGUUCUUUGACCUUACUUGCAUAUGUGCAUUUAUUUUGCCAUUUCUGUUUGUUUGUUUGUGUCCAAGGAUUGACAAUGGCUGUGAAGUUUUGAGCAUGUAUUGGCAGAACUAGUUAGUUCCAGAACAAACCACUGUUGCAUGCAUUACACAGAGCUAACGGAAGUUGAGGUGAGCGUUGCAAGUCUGGCUACAGUGCAGUCAUCGUGUAGCAGUCAGCUGAAGAGGAACUACCUGUCGGGACCAAAGUUUAUGUGCCUUUAGUCUUAAUUUACAUCACAUUGUAAAAUUCAGUUUUAUCGAACCUCUGAAAAAAAUUUUGUAAUUUAAAAAAAAUUGCGACUGCGAAUCUUGAACGGAAUUCUCCGAACAGUAAUGCCACAGUGUCAGCUGAACCUGUCACCGCUUCAAGAAUGAAUCUCCUCUCCUCAAAAGGGGCGAUAAGAAAAACAAUUAUGUGGUCUGUGUCAAGGGAGGUGGGGGGGAUGUAUGUGUUCUACAUCCGUUGAGUUUUUACAUCUUUAGAAGUGUAAAAUUCAGGCAUAGCUUGGAAGCGGAAACGAUUAAAAACUUCAAUUUUCUAACAAGUCGGGAGAUUUGACGGUCGUGUGUUUUGUUUUGUUGUUUUUUUUUUCCCCUCUCUCUGCGUGUACUCUUGCCUCUCCUCUGUAGCAUGCUCAAUAAAACACUUCUGUAGCUCUGCAUUCACCACCUCCUGUCUCUCUGCUGCCUCUCUCUCUUCUCUCUGGUUCCUCACCUCACUUCGCUUCUGACAUCACCUUCUCUCGCAGGGUGGGAAAGACGAGGCCGCCUCUCGCGGUGGCUCAACAGGGUGCCCAAUGCGGAGGAGCUGAACUGAAACUGAACUAAUCGAAACCCUUUUCCUCAGCUGAAGGGUAAAUUUUCCCACCCUGUGCUAGGCUAUUGCUUAGCCUAUUCCAGAUCCCCCCCCCUUCCCCCCCUGCGAAGUUCAGCACUGUUUCUGUCCCUAGUUGUACUUACUAAUAAGUCUGCAAGGCUCUUGCGCCACUCUGUUGCAAAUCCAUCCUUCACCACUUCUCUGCUGUAGAGACCUCUCUACCUAAUCUCGGCUCUCAGAAAAAUGCUUGUUCGGUGCGUUAACUCUAAACUGUUGAUCUGGAUGAUUUUUGACAGUUGGUUGAAAUAAUUAGUUUUAUUGUGGGGGGUUAUUUUUUUGUUGCUAGGAUAAAGCUCAUGUGUCCUUGUAAGGUUUUUUACAUUUUUGAAGGCUUGCCUGUGUACUGUUCACCAGCAGUUUUUGGAGCACAAGCCUUUCUGUAUGUUUGUAAGUUAUGGCCAAACUAUGAUGGCUGAAAUCACACACAUACCUCAAGCCAGGUAGCUGAAAACCAAUGUGUUCUCAAA